AUGGCAGCCGGUCUGCGUCGCCUGCGUCUUGGCACCCUCCUCGCGACGGUGGGUGCGGUGCUGCUGCACUGUCGGUGGGUGCUGCUGAAUGGCGCAUCGGUGCCAUACAGGUUGUGGACUGUUCUCGUCGGAGCAUUUCCUCCGUUCCUGUGGACGUUUCUGUUCAAGCAGGCGAAGCACAUCCCCAGCGACAUCCGUCCGCCCAUACACAUCGACCUCCUGCCACGCCUGAACCGUCUCCUCCUCGCGCCAGCAGGAAUCCUCCUCGUCACCCUCUCGCUCCUGCCGCUCGCCCGCGUCGUCUAUUAUUGGAGCGAUGGGGACAAGAAGGGCGAGGAGCGCGGGAGGGGGAGGGCGUACGCGGCGAGCAUCUUGGCGUUCCCGACGCUGUUGUGGCUGUCGGCCAAGCUGGGCGAGGCAGAAGUGAGCAACCACCUCGACCUCCUCGCCUUCGGCUCCUACGGCGCCCUCCACUUCGCCUCGCCCAUCAUCGCUGGCUGGUGGAUCUGGGGCUUCGGGUCGCAAGGUGCCGCGUGCGCGUUUGGAUGGACGCUGGGAGCGCAGAACUUGGCGGGGUUGGCGACUCAUUUGGUUUUCCCGAACGCGGCGCCGUGGUUCUACGACGUCUACGGCAUCGAUGCCGCACAACCCGACUACUCCUACCCCGGUAACCCAGCUGGCCUGAUCCGGGUAGACAGCAUCCUCGGCACCCACAUCUACACCAAAGCCUUCGGCCACGGCCCCGUCGUAUUCGGCGCCAUCCCCUCCCUCCACGCCGCGACGUCCAUCUGCUGCGGCUUGUUCGUCACACGAUACUCCAGGGGCUAUAGAGGGUUGAGCUUUAUGCUUGUUUAUUGCUUUUGGAUGUUUUGGUCAACGCAAUACCUCCACCACCACUUCGCGAUCGACCUCCUCUGCGGGACCUUCUACUCCCUCCUCUCCUUCACCCUCUUCGAGCGCACUCGCCUCCGCGCUCUCGACCGAAGACACUACUCCCUCGGCCUCACAAACGGCUACGAGCGGCUGUUCUACGCGCGGAGGGACGGGGAGAAUUGGGAUGAGUAUGGCGAGAGGAUGUUGAGGCGUCUUGGAGGCGAGGGGGAGGAAGGGAAGGAGGGAGCGCUUGCAUUGAGCAGGAGCUCGAGCGGGGGAAGUGUGGGACGCGUGCCGGUUAACAGACCGGUCGGGUACGAGGCGGUACCUGAAGCGGCGGAGGAGGAGGGGACGACGGUGUUUGCCUCGCGGGACGGGGACGAGGAUGAAGAGGCGGACGACCGGCCCCGCUACGGCUCUCCAUCACGGUACGCGACUCCGAAUAGGAGUUUCGCCUCGCUGGCGUGA